AUGGGCAACUGUAUAAAGCCCGCUGAUUCUCCGUUCACUGACAUUCCAAGCGACAAAGUCGAUAUCACACCAGUUAAAGAAUCAGGAUUACCGAUUAUCUUUCUAAUUGGAGGCCCAGGGUCGGGAAAAAGGACUCAAAACGUGCAGAUAGCACGGCGCUACGGUUUCCUCAAUGUCGUGACUAGCGACUUGCUGCGGGAGGAAGUGGCCACCGGUACUCGACAAGCCGUCACUCUGGCGCGUUUCAUGUCGGAGAACCGACUGGUGCCCUCGGAUAUCCUGGUGGAGCUCAUCAAGACGAGGAUGCUGAACAGCUUAGGUAUCGCGCGCGGCUUCCUGCUGACCGGAUUUCCCAGAGAAAAGGGGCAGAGCAAGUACUUCGACAAGCACAUCCGGCCGCCAGAUCUCGUCCUGUACCUGUGCGUCAGGAACUCGGUGAUGACGGACAGGAUCCUAGCGAAGAUCGUCACCACCACCGAGCGGCAGGAUCGUAACUUUGAAGAAAUCAAGAAACGCAUCAAGACCUUCAGCAAGCUCAACAAACCGGUCCUCAGGCGUUACAGCGCGAAGCUGUGCGUCAUCGACGGCGAGAGAGAGGAGUCGAUUGUCUUCGAGGACAUCUGUCGCGCGAUCGACGACGUCUUGAGGAACCUCCCGAGCACAUCCCCGGCGAAAGCGACCAAGUAG